GAUGAUCUUUCACCGUGUUGCCAUUCUAGGCUAAACUUCAGGUUGAAUAAGAUAUUUUUUCUGCGAUUGACGUCAUUGACGAAGCGAUUAAAAUCAAAUUGACUCUGAUUAGUGAUUUUCGUUAAAAAAUCCUGAUAAUUUAUGAAAACAUAAAUUACAAAUUAAUAUUUUACUUAUUCGCUCCAGUUGUCUAUACCUACAGACCAAGUUAACAACUGUAAAGGCAGGAAUAUAGAUACUAGGCAAUGGCAACGUUGCACGGCAUCGCGCGCUGUCGUCUGUGUGGUUGGGCGCCGGUGUGGACAGAACGAGAACGACGAACGACUCCAUUUUGUAGGCAUUUUGCAUUUUGGCAUUUUGCAUUUUGUACCUAGCCUAGAGUUAUUAAUUAAUAUUUUACGGUUUCCUGGUUUCGUGGUUGUUGGUCUUUUGUUUUUGUUUAGUUAGCAAACGGAGUGUUUUUGUGGUUGGUGGUGUAGGGAGAGUUAUUUUGUGUUUCAUAAGGAGGUAGGGAACUACAUUUCUAUCUAUAAAUUCUAUAUCGAGUUCUAUAUUUUUUCAACAUGAGUAGUAAGAACAAGAAAUCUAGCAAAAAUGCGGAGUACUGUGCUAAAUACAGGUUUAGAAAAAAACUUCGCAUUGAGACUGCAGAUUUAUCAGAAAUACCAUGUAAUUUAGAUUUGCCUGAAGAAAAUAGUAUUGCUGGUUGUAGCUUGUCUAAUAACCUAGAUAGUAUGGGCGUUGAUAAAGAAAUGCAUGUCUCAAUUGAGCAUUCUCCCGAGCACAUGAUACAGCAUUUAAAUGUAGUUGAUAAUUUUUCUGAUUCGGAUGACACAAAAAAUGCUGAAACAGAAUCAGAAAGUUCUGGAAAAAAAUUAACAAAAAGAUUAAACACGUUUUUAAAAGAUUGGACUAUCAAACAAAAUGUAAACCUUGCUCAAGUAAACAGUCUACUUAAAGGUUUAAGCACACUGAUGCCUAAAUUGAACUUACCUCUAGAUGCUAGAACUUUAUUGGGUACCGAUCGAACUUCUAAUAAUAAUAUUAAAGUUUUUUCCUCUGAUGCCAGUACUGAGGCCAGUACACUCAGUAGUGGUCAGUUUAUUUACUUUGGCAUAAGGAACACAUUAAACUCUUAUUUGAAAAUACCAGAGUUGAGAGCUCACUUUUUAAAAUCAGGGUUUAAAUUAAUAUUCAAUAUAGAUGGUGUACCAAUAUUUAAGAGCAAUAAUAAGCAACUGUGGCCAAUAUUAUGUAGAGUAAAUGACAAUAAAUAUAGAUUAUCACCUUUUCCUGUUGCAAUAUUCUGUGGUUUAUCAAAACCAAGCUCUGUAGAUAGGUAUUUUCAAGAGUUUGUUGUAGAAUUAAAUGAGCUAUCUUUGAGCGGUAUUAUUUUUGAUAACAAUAUAGUUAAAGUAGAUCUGCUUUGUUUUACAUGCGACGCACCCGCAAGAUCUUUCGUUAAAUGUACAAUAGGGCACAAUGGAACGUAUGGUUGUGACCGAUGUCACCAAAAAGGUACAUAUUUUAAAAGCAGGAUGGUUUAUUCACAAACCGCAUUCAACGAAAGAACCCAUGAUGAUUUUAAAAAUAAAAUAUGUGCCAAGCAUCACACCUCUACAACACCAUUGUUAAACUUAAAUAAAUGUGAUAUUAUUAAAGACUUUGCACUUGAUUACAUGCACUUGUGUUGUUUGGGAGUUAUGAGGAAAUUACUUCUAUACUGGACUAAACCUCAAAAAUUAUCAAAACCAGUAAAGCUUUCUGUAAAUUGCAGAGUUAAAUUGUCAAAAAGGUUGAAAUAUUGUGCUAACAUGGUUCCUCUUGAGUUUAGUCGUAAACCUAGGUCAUUAGAUGAGCUACUAAGAUUUAAGGCAACUGAAUUCAGGCUCAUAUUGUUGUAUUUAGGGCCUGUGGUUUUUCAGAAUAUCCUACCUAAACCUUUAUAUGAUCAUUUUCUGCUUUUUCAUGCUGCUAUGAGGAUUUUACUUGACUCAAAACUUGUAGGAACAGGAUGGAUUGAUACAGCAAAACAAAUGCUUUCAAGUUUUGUCAAUAACUUUUCAAUUUUAUACGGCUCAGAGACUUGUAUAUAUAAUGUGCAUUGCUUGUUGCAUUUAGCUAAUGAUGUAGAAUAUUUUAAUGUUACUUUAAAUGAACUAAGCUGUUUCCCUUUUGAAAAUUUCUUGGGCACAUUGAAAAAUAUGGUUCGUAAGCCAAACCAACCUUUAGAACAAAUUUGCAAACGUCUUUCUGAAAAUUCAGAGAGAUUUGUUAAAUAUGAGAAAUUUAAAACAAAUUUUUUCAUAAAUCACUCCUGUAAGUUUAUCCAAAUGCCAACUUCCAAAAUCAAAUUUGGAGUUAGUAAAUGUGACUGUUUCGUUUUUUUAUGUAAUGAUCUGGUAUUUAGAGUAACUGAGUGCGAAAAUGAAUAUUUAGUAGGCUAUACGUCUAGCAAACUUAAAAUUUUUUAUUCUUUCCCAAUUAGUUCAAGCGAUGUUGGAGUUUAUAAAUUUCAAAAUUUUGUCGAAAACAAAACACGAGUGAAACUUGAAAAUGUUUUAUCGAAAGCAUUUGUUUUAAAUUGUAAAACCACAUAUUUUGCAUUUAAAUUAUUACAUUUAAAUUAAAAUUCAGGGCUGGACAAAACUUGAUUUGUAUAAAACAUAAAACUAUUCAAAUAAAAUGUGUAUUUUUUUAUUAUUUUUUUCCAUAAGUAUUUUAUAAUGUAAAUUUUAAAUUGCUCAAUACGACUUUGUCAAAAGACCUACAUAUUUUGGUUUUUUUUUACCAGAGAUAAUGGGGAACUUGCAUCAAUUUUUUUUAUCGCUGAUUUCGUUAGUCGAUGAAAAAUGUGUCAACACGUGUUUUUCUUUUUUUCCCUAGUCAAAAAUUGAUGGAGAUACAACGCUUUGAAACGUGCUCAUGACGUCAUAUGGUAUAAUACUUUAUGACGUCGCACAUGCAGAGUAUAUCUAUACAUACAUACAAAACUUAAUAUUUGUAUAACUUUUGGAAUAAUCACAUUUGGACAAAAUAAAAAAAUACGUAUCGAUUUUUUUUCCAUUUCCUAUAGUUUGCAAUAACAAGUUCCCUAAUAGAAUAUGGACUUUUUGGUAAAAUCAGUUGUUUUGGUAAAUCCAAAUAUUUAUAAAUAAAUAGUAGGUACCCUUCCUAAAAAUGGUAUUUCUCGAUUAUAUAAACUGCUUCUUUUUAAUAUAAAGUGCUAUUAUGUAAUAUUUUUGUCCACUGUUUCAUACAUUGCAAAGGCUCAAGCUUCAAAGCAUCUGCCUGAAGAUUGUGAAACUGACUAUACUUGAUCGAGUAUCCUGAUGGAUAAAUCUUGGGACAUUAUUGUCUGGACUCCAGAAAACAGCAUUGAUUAUGUUCCAUCGUCAUGGGGAAAUUUUGAAAGAACCCAAUUCAAAUAUCCAAAAAAUUGCAGCAGCACAAAAAUUAGGAAAAUGAUAGACUCUUGUCUCGAACCAGAAAAUUUUACUUGGUUGGAUGCUGUAUGCAAAGCCACAUCUGUCAAGGAUUUGGCUAUGGCUAAAGAAAUGUGUGACAAGGGCCAGUACACUUCAAAUUUAGAAAGCUCAGAGAAUGAUGGUCCACACAAGCGACGUAGGAAGAGAAAAAAAUUGUUGUAUGAAUCAAGUGAAUCAUCUUCAGAUGAUACAUCAUCCAAGUCAUCAUCUCCACUUCAAGUUUCACAGGAAUCACAGGCUGGUUCAACAAAACGUUAUACAGCAAAAGCUAACAAAAAAGGAAAUUUGUUAGGUUUCAAGAGAGAAGCAUUUACAACUCCAUCUUCAAAAAAUGACAGCCCUGCCAUUGCUGUAGCAAUGAAUGCUCAUGACCCGGCUCAUGAUCAAAUCAACAAUAAUAUUAUACAUGAGAAUCCCUCAAAUAGAUUUCAGCGUUCAAAUGACGAAAAUUUGACUCCAAAAAACGGGAUCCAGCCUAAAUCAAGUCAGGCUCGACCUCGAAGUCUGCUAGGUAAUAGUAGCAAAGGUGCCCAAUCUGAACCCUCCACUCCGAAACCAAAUGAACUUUCAAAAGUUUUGGAGGAAAUUCAAUUUCACAUGGCGGAAAAUACAAAGAUUCUUAAACGCUUGGAUGCCUUUAUGAAUACGAAAGAAAAUUUCAAUAAUGCAGACAAUCUAGUUGGUAAUGAGCUGAUUUAUGCUGAAAAACUCCCUUGCAAAACGCAAGGUGAGUUGGAAGACAUCAACUCAUUUAUAACAAAUGGACGUCAAAAUUUCAAAGAACUGGUGAACUAUUUGUAUCUUUUGGGUGGAUCUACCGCACAUAAGGCUGUAUAUACAAUGAUGACCAAAAUAUUUGACAAAAAACUAGCCUUGCAAUAUUCUGGACAAGGCAAGAAGAAAAAACUUCCCUUCUGUUCUCUCAAGAUAUAUGAAGCUAUUAUAGCAUCUACUCGUAAACGACAUCCUACGGAGAGUGAAGACGGGAUAAAAAAGUCAGUGGCUUUGUUUUUGGCAACUGCCAAAUCAAGAUUGGGCAAGGAACCAAAUGUGACGAAUGUUAACGAACCACAGGAUAGCGAAGGGCAGGAAGAAGAAGAAGAUUUUUGAACUGAAAUAAUUAGAUAAUGAAAAAAUAAGGUUUUUUGUAUGUAGGUACAUAUUUAUUGGAUUUUGUUUCGAGCAUUAUGUGUCGCGCAUAGGUUCUUAAGAAUAACCGAUUUUGUUUUUAGUUCAAUUUGAUAGGUAUUCAUUUUCAAAAUAUUUUAUGUAUAAUAUGUAUGUAUCUAUUUACAUAAUUUAAAUUUGUCCUAUUUUUAAUUUUGCAAUUUUUUUAUAAUUAUAUGUUUAUAAGAAAUUGCAAGUUUUAUUUUAAAUUCCAA